ACCGACAUCAUGGUGAAGAAGCGCGUGCUGUCGCCGGCGCCACUGCUGGAUCCGGCGCUGCUCACGGCCUUUGUCGAAGCGAAUGGCCUCAAGCUCGUGCACGCACAGAAGAUCUGGAAGCAUAUCUCGGCGCAGGUCCAGACGCAAUCCACCGCCAACAUUUCUGUCCGCGACGUUCUCCACUUGCCAUCGCACGCGUACCCGUUGCUUGAAGACUCGUUUGCGACUUUCACGACGACGGUGACUGAACAACACACGUCGAGUGACGGCACGGUGAAGCUCCUGAUCACUCUCCAGGACGGCCACAACAUUGAAUCGGUCAUCAUGAAGCACUCGGGCCGCAACACGCUGUGUGUGUCGUCGCAAGUCGGGUGCCAGAUGGGCUGCACGUUCUGCGCGACGGGCACCAUGGGGAUCAUUGCGGAUCUGUGCGCAGGAGAGAUUCUCGAACAACUCGCACAUGCUUUUCGCGUCGCCCCCAUACGCAACGUUGUGUUUAUGGGCAUGGGCGAGCCGCUCAACAACUACGACGCUGUCCUCACGGCCAUCCGUGCCAUGACCGAUAUCUUUGGCCUCGCGCCCAAGUACAUCACGCUGUCGACCGUCGGCGUCAUUCACCGCAUUCGACAGCUCAAAGAAGACGCGCCGCUCGUCCGCCUCGCCCUGUCGCUCCACGCGCCGACCCAGGACCUCCGUGUGCAGAUUGUACCGACCGCCAAGGCGUACCCGCUCGACAAACUCAUGCUCGCCAUUGACGAUCAUCUGAAAGACCGCGAGAAUCGCAUGGUCAUGAUGGAGUACAUCAUGCUCAAGGACGUCAACGUCGCCCCCGACACGGCGCACGACUUGGGCAGGUUGCUCCAAGGCAAGUCCGUGCACAUCAACUUGAUUCCGUACAACGCGACGGACGUGGACGCCGAAUUCCAGUCGCCGUCACAGGACGAGAUUGUCGCGUUCAAGGACAUUUUGCGCGCCGAAUACCACCUCAAAGUCACGGUUCGAGAGAACCAUGGGAUGGACAUUGACGGCGCGUGCGGGCAACUCGCCGUCAAAAAGUUGGAGGCUGGCCUGCCCAAGUCGUCUGGACUCGACCAACGAGACAUUGAAGAUCUCGGCAAGCGCACGAACAAGGCGCCCAAGCCGUCCAAGAAACAAACCAAGACCGACGACACUUCGGCAACUGCACUGUUUGUGGCCAUGCCCAUCCUUGCCAUCGUCGCGGCGGCGGCGUUCGUGUGGCGCCGGCUCCAGCAGUAACGACCCCUCCAAUGUUCAAAUCCUCGUCGAUCUCGUUCACAUGCCACCGUCACACGCGACACUGCAUCACGUGAGCGGUCGGAUGCACCUAGGUAGUCGGCCGCAAUCCACGGCGACAUGCCGAAUGCGACUGAGACGCGUUCAAGAUAGCGCGGCAGCGGUGUGAUGUACGGUGGGGACCUCAUCGCGAGGCUGGUGCGCGUCGAUGAAUCGGAUGGUUGGGCGUACGAGAACCCGCGUGAAGGGAGAGGAGG